AUGUCACGUCACAACCGGCCCUUCACUUGGGGCGGAGCGCAAUCCGGCUCGUCCUUUGCGGAUGCGACCUCGCCAGCAUUCGAGUCCAGCGCAUAUGGCUUCGAGCCGAGUGUACCCGACCUCUACCGACACGCUUGGGCUGCCGUAUCCUCAAGCACUUCUCACGACUCGUUCGCCGAUCCUUCAGAGGCAGAGAUCCCGCUCGGACUGCUUCACAAGCUUCUCAGCUCAGCAGGAGGACUCGGCCCAGGCAGCGCCGAACAGAUCGUCAAUGCGGCCUGCAAAGGAUCCAGAUGCUCCCGCACCGAUUUCUUCUGCGCACUCGGACUACUCCAUCAGAUGCAGCAAGGAGAAGCACUCGACGCACACAUCGUCCAGCAGAGGCUGGCGCAUGGGAGCCUGGGAGCACCGACACUCAAUCUCUCCAAUCUGGCCAUCGACACCAACUCCAGUCACACCUUCCCACCCACAGCGCAGGCCGGCUUUGGCCGGUCAGAGGCACGGCCACCAGGUCCGAUGCGCGAGAUGUCAGAUCCUUGGAACGCGAGCAGCACCAACCACUUCAACGGCACCGAUUCAGCGCCCACAUACAAUCGCUACGAUGGCUUACCCCAACACCACGAUGCCACCGAUUCCGCAUUCCGAGGAGGCUUUGCCAGCAACGGUACAUCUGGUCCUUCUGAGCGCAUCAGAACGAACACAGGAGACACCAGACGAUCAAAUCAGCUGUAUACCCACAACGAGGGAUCCUCCGCUGACGCAUUUGCUUCACCCGGGCGGGAGCAUACAAGAUCACGACAACAUACGGCAAGGCACGAGCGCCCCUUUUCGUACAUGUCCGAGACCGCCGAAAUCAAUGCAAUGGACGGCGCCGAAGAUCCAGCGGCAGAUCUGCCCGAGGACGAAGUAACAGUUCGCCUGCGCAGUGAACUGGAAGGCUUCAUCAUCAAGCACAACGUCUACAUCGUGACUUCAAGCGCGCGCAAAUCGGAGGUAGUCAGGCGAUACAGUGACUGGCUCUGGCUGUCUGAGUGCUUGGUCAAGCGGUAUCCAUUUCGAUGCCUUCCAGUGCUGCCGCCAAAACGCAUUGCCAUGCCUCUCGCGGGUCGUCAUCUCAGCGCGGACGAUCUCUUCAUUGAAAGGCGCAGACGCGCGUUGGAACGCUUUCUGCGGAUGCUCACCCGCCAUCCGAUGUUGCGCGAAGAUAAGCUCGUCGAGGUAUUCUUCACGGAGACACGCCCGAUCGCGGAAUGGAAGAGCUCGGCGCCGGCGCUCUUCCUGGAUGAAGAGGGCCUCAUCAAGAUCGUCGACGAGGCGGAACGCAUGAGCAUUCCCGAAGACCUGGAGCUGAAACUCACGCAGCAGCGCCAAGCCAUUCCCGAAUUGCUGGAGCGUUGGACGGCGAUGGUGGCGCUGUUCGAGCGUAUUGUCAAGCGGAACGAUGCGGCUGCAGCCGACUACUCGCGACUCAACUUUUCGCUCCUCUCCGUCGUCGAGACGACUGCCAAGCGCUGGAGGCCGGGAAGCGACAACAGCAAAAGAACUGAGGAGACGCUCUCCACAACGGCGGCCAUCUUCCAGGACCAUUCGGACAUGACUUCCUCGCGAGUCUCUGCGGUCUCACUGUCUACGCUCGAAGGCAUGAAAGCACAGCGCGACCUCCUCUUGUCGUUCCGCGACUUGAUCGGUCGCAUCGAUCGGCAGCUCGUCGACCCGAUCGACACGCUCAAGAAGCGCAUCGAGGCUGCUCAGAAGAAAAUCACUACGCUUGCCAGCACGCAGAACAACAACGCUAGCACGCAGCAGGAGCAAGCGACGCUCUCAGCGCAGGUCAAGCAGGAUACGCAGUCGAUUCAGAAGUAUCUCAAUCGGAGGAUUCACGCCAAGAAGACCAUCUGGGAGGAACUCAUCUGGUUCCAUUGGCGGUUCAAGGCGGUCGAGGAGGAUCUGCAGAAGUUUGUGCGCGACGAGACGUUCUUCCUGACGACACUGACCAGGUUGUGGGAGGCGACGGAGAUGAAGAUGAAGAUGAUUCGAUGA